AUAGCUCAUUGUAAUGAACCUGCGAGCAAGUCGCAAACAACAAAAAUUGGUGAUGUCGGGAUAACUAACGUUGACGGUCUGGAGAAAUCUCCUGGGGUCUCAGCAGCAGCUUUUGAUGAAGAACAACAAAUACCCAGAGACUGCGACACACGUGCACACUGGAAAUAUGUUGUUUGAUCCACCUGAAUACUCUGCUUCAUUGCUACACAUCCUACCGAGAGGGACUGUAAACCACAAGGGCGUUACAGGAAUCAGCUUUGAAGAAAAAUCUGGCGAUCAUGUUCUUCGAAAUGGCUGUUUGAAGGCUGAAACAGAUCCAAGGAGUUCAUCAUGCAAAAGAACUUCAGGAAGAUUUGAGGAUGGCGGACACGAGAAUGAACCUGCAGAUCCCAAUAUAACUGUCCAAACAUCUUUGCACAGAGAGUCCUCAAACUUGAUGCUUAACAAUAUGGAAGCUAUUUUGCAAAACCUGAAUGCAGAUACUGAUAGAUUGGAGAAUUCAUCAGAUGCGCCUAAUGAAUAUUAGUUGGCUGGUCCACAGCUAUAUUGCGGCUCACUGUUACACAUAAGAGAGAAUAAGA